AUGGCAGUCUGGUUCGAGUUUACCGCGCACAUGCUUUUUCUAAUGCUAGGUUGUUGUCUUGGAACUUUGGAGGGUCGGACAUUGAGCCGAACCCCAUGGGGCUUGCAGGGACAGGGCAGCGAUGGAACCGAUUCUCCGUUUGACCGAGACAGAGCUAAUCAGGAUGUGGUCUCACAGCACAUGUACAGGCUGUAUGAGAAAUACAACAGAGAUCUGAAACGACUCAGAGAGGGAAACACUGUCAGGAGUUUCAGAGCCAGCCAAGACUCGUCUGACCAGAGGACGUUUUACCAUCUGAACCUGACGUCUCUCCAGGACUCAGAGCUCAUCCUCUCUGCCACGUUUCACUUCUUGUUCGACCGGUGCCCACGGCCAAGGGCCUGGAUGGGCAAACGCUACAAAAUCCCGGCCUGUCGCUCUCUAAACCUCCACCCUGCUCCCUACAUCCACCUCUUCCUUCACUCCAACCCCUCUGGGUCAGGGUUCAAUCCAGGGUCGCAGGUGUCAUUGCUAGGCAACGUGACAUUUCACCCUAACCAGAAAGGGUUGUGGCAGAUGCAGGACGUGACUGUGGCGAUAAAAGAGGCCAGGGAAAAGGGCAGUCAUUUUGUGUCGGUGGAGCUGGACUUUGGGCUGCAGUACCACAGACAGCCAGAGGACACACUGUCGGGGGCCAGUCUACCUUAUUUGUUGAUGUAUGCUGAUGACCAUGCACUAGAUGAGCCCAACAGUGUGGCACAGACUUUACAGAGGUAUGGCCCUGAGGCUGAGGUGAAGGAAAAUUCUUCUCACCCUUCUCGUCUUCCCCCUAAACAGGGGUCAAAGAGUCGUGUGAGAAGGGGGGUACCAUCCCAUCCAGACUCCAUCCAAAACAACGAGCUACCAGAGGUGGAGUACAGGCCUAGCGGAUCCAGGAAAGAUGACCUGUUUGAAACCGCCUAUCACACCCUGAAACCUAUCAAUCCCAAGCAUGGGAGGAAGGAGAGGAUGAGGAACGGCCAGGACGGAGAGGAAGAAGUGAAAGAUGGAGAGAGGGAUGGAGGGAGUCAAUCGCCAGUUCUGAGCUUGGACGAGAGGACCCCAAAGAAGAGCAGCGAUGGAGGGAGUAGGUUGCAAGACAACAUUGAGGGAAGGAGUGAUGAAAGAAACGAUAGAGGGAAGGCAGGAGGAAGUAGGUCACCAAUGCUGAGUUUUGAUGCGUGGACAAUGCGCAAGGCGAAGAAGAGACAGUGGGGAUCGGAGCCCCAGAUUAGGAGCUGCUCUAGGAGGACACUCAGGGUUGACUUUGCCGACAUCGGCUGGAGUGAGUGGGUCCUGGCGCCUGAAGCCUUCGAUGCCUUUUACUGCGCUGGAACCUGUGGAUUCCCCAUGCCCAAGGUGCUGCAUCCCUCUAACCAUGCAACCAUCCAGAGUAUUGUCCGUGCGGUUGGGAUAGUUCCAGGGGUCCCAGAGCCCUGCUGUGUCCCAGAGAAGAUGAGCCCUCUGGUGGUUCUCUACCAGGACGAGGGAGGUAACCUGGUGCUCAAGGUCUACCCCAGCAUGUCCGUGGAGAGCUGUGCCUGCAGAUAGACCCAAAGGACAGAGGGGAACAAUGUUGGACAAGACAGGAUGGAAUGGCAGGAAUUUAAAAGGAAAAAGGGAGAAAAAAAAGGGAAGGAAAAAAAGACACGAGAUAUAUUCAUAAACGGACGGAUGAGUCGAGGUGUCUGUCCAUCUCUUCGUCCCUUGUGUCCCUCAGGCGUUUGACGCUGAGAUAGGUGAACGCAAAGAAGCGUUGAAGAAGCACGUUAUCUGUCAUUGCAGCACCAGUCAUGUCCUCCAGUAGCAGUAGACACACGCCACCACAAUAUUCUCCACAUCUACCAUACCCUCGUCAAAGCAGCAUCACCACUUCAAGGACUACAGGUACUGAGAGAGCUCUCUCCCUCCAAACAACUUUAAUUAAAAUUGUUACGUUCAAAACCAGGGAUGCUUGACUGGCGCUGUGUUUAGUUUUAGUUUUUUAGGCACUGAUCAUGCUUACUU